GCCCGUGCCUGUCUCUCUGCUGGUUUGUGCUGACUGGAGCCGAAGCCCCCUUCCGAGUGCGUGUGCACACCAGUCGUGGAGAGAGCGAGAGCGAGCGACCGACCGACACACACACAAAGAGAGAGAGGGAGAGAGAGAGAGAGGGAGAGAGAGAGAGAGGGAGAGAGAGAGAGAUGGCGGGGGUCGAGGAGGUGGUGCGGGAGAUCGUGGGCGGGAAAACCGUCGUCAUCCAGGAAUCGAAGUUGGAGCGUCGUUGCCACCCUCGCGGACGGAUGGAUUUCAGCCCUGACACGGCUGAUCUCCAUAGUCGUGUCCACUAUGUUCUCGUGGAAGGGACUGUGGCGAUGAAGAUCGAUGGCGGUGUCGGGUACGACAAGGAAGGCAACCUGGUGGACGUCAUCCUCAACGUGAAGAAGCUGUCGGAAGUCGUCCCCGACGACUGGCGUCUCCGAGAACGUGAUGUCGUCUGUGACAUCGUUAGAUACCUGGUGUCCGCCAUAGCUGAUGAACACAUGGCUGCGCUUCACGACAAUGCCUUCUACGUGGCGCACGUGCAGCCCCCUCUCCGGGGCAGGCAGUACUUGCGCGGCGCUGUGCAGUCGUGGUGUCCUGAUGACGAUCUGAAGGCUGCGCGUCGGCGGUGCUCGCGCUUGUCUCCAGAGGUCGGCAGGUGGUCGGCCAUGCACCCGCACAUGGUGAUUGACGUGCGAGAUGAGCCUCGCCUUCGCCGCCCUACCCUCGGCGGUACCGUACAAGCCGUCCCGACGGUUCCUCAGGGGCUGCUGGACAGCCUGCUGGACACGCGGACGCCGUCGACAACGAAAGUUUCCACAGUUUGCUUGAUCGUCGUCGUCGUCCGAGUCAAGGUCAUCCAAGUCGACAUUGAUUCGCAUGUCGACCAUCAUAUUGUGCAAGAUGCAGACGGCCAUGAACUCCUUCAUGAUCGUCUUCAUGUUGCCGAUUUGCCGCCUCAAGAAAUUUCGCCACACACCCUUCAGAAGUGCGAACGUGCGUUCGAUGCAACUCCUCGCCGACGUGUGGCAAUCAUCAAAAUUCACCUCUUGGGGCGUGCGCUCGUCUCCUCCAACCAGUGUCAUCUGCCAAGGCAGGAAUGGGUACCCUGCGUCCCCGAGAACGUAGCGGCGGACAGGUGUGCCGUCAUGAAGAAAGGAUGUGCCACCAUGGAAUAUCCCACGCCCAUCCUGCGCAUACCUGUAAAGGUGCGAUAUGCGAACGGCACAUGAAUCAUGCACCGAUCGAGGGCACCCCACG